AUGACAAAUCUCAUAUCAGCUGCCACUCAUUCGACACCCAAAAGACCAAUUCAGAGAAAGCAGAACAAGCUGGGCCCUUACAACCUGCUACAGACACUGGGAGAAGGUGAAUUUGGUAAGGUCAAGCUAGGUAUCCACAUCGAGACAGGCCAGGAGGUUGCCAUCAAGCUGAUCAAGAAAGAAGGUGAUGGAUCAGACACUCGCAUUAACAAGGUAGAAAGAGAGAUAUCUGUGCUCAAGACACUGAAUCACCCGUACAUUGUUAAACUAUACAACGUUGUUGAAACCGAGAAAUACAUUGGCAUCAUACUAGAGUAUGCUUCAGGCGGUGAACUGUUUGAAUACAUCUUGGCUCAUCGCUACCUCAAGGAAAAGGACGCCAAACGAUUCUUUGCGCAGCUGAUUAGCAGUAUUCAAUAUAUGCAUAAGCGUAAAAUAGUACAUCGUGAUUUAAAACUAGAAAAUCUACUGCUAGACAAGAAUCGCAACAUCAUCGUUACUGAUUUUGGUUUUGCCAAUCAGUUUGCUUCUGCUGCUGAUGACAUGAUGGCCACCACAUGUGGAUCGCCUUGUUAUGCUGCUCCCGAGUUGGUCGUCAAUGCUGGACUCUACGCUGGGUCCGCUGUGGACAUCUGGAGCUGUGGCGUUAUCUUGUAUGCAAUGCUUUGUGGCUUCCUUCCCUUUGACGAUGAUCCAUCGAACCCUGAUAGCGACAACAUUAACCAGCUAUACCGCUACAUUCUGUCUACCAACCUGAUGUUUCCGUCUCAUGUGGGCGUGGACGCCAGAGACUUGUUGGCCAAGAUGCUGGUGCCUGAUCCAGCUAAGCGAUGCUCACUCGAUUACAUUGUAAAGCACCCGUGGUUGGAGUCCUACCGCCAGUUUCUCAAGAAAGAUGCUGCACAGCUAGAAAUGGAAGUAUUGGCUGCAUCAAGAUUAUCAACUAUGCCCGAUAUAAAAUCUAAUGCUAUUGUGAGCAGCAGCGCAUCCACCUCGUUACCCAGAAAAGUGGCAGCAGCAGGGGCAAAUGCAGCUUCAGCAAGAAAAACACAUGUCCCUGUAAUGACACGGGAUCGCUUUGCUCCUGUUGCUAAUGACAAAUACUUGGUAACUAACCACAAAUUAAGUAAUGCAGUGACUAAAAAACCACUCUCGGCUACUCCUAAAUCACCUUCCUCCCAAAAGACAAGCUCAUUCAAACACUUUUCCAUUGGUCGUUCUUCAGCCACCACAACCACUGUUGAAAAGCCCAUCCAUGCCACUAAUGUAAGAACAUCCAAAGUACCCAACUUUAUUACCAGAAAGCCCAUCAAAAAAGAAGAAGAAGCAGCAACUACCAACAAUGAUUCUUCCAUCACAGUCGCCUCUGCCAACAUGGGCACUGACGAUGUUCAUCUUGAAAAAUCGCUAUCAUCGCCUCGGUCAGAUCAGGAUGCGUUUGCUUUAUCGUCUGUUGGCAGUAUCAAAAGAAGCCAGCGCCGUGGUGCUGACAAGUUCUUGAGCUUUUUCACUGGUGGCAGAACAUCACACAUUCCUGUGGUCUCUCAGAAGCACGUUGAAGAUGAAGCUAUUAUUCAUGGGGAUAAGGAUGUCAGCACCAUCAAUGCAACAUCAGCUGUAACUACCAAUGAAAGCUAUCAUGACACGGCAGAAGAAGUGAUCCAAGAUGAGUUGGCCCAAGAUUCAGCCAUCAGCAGUGCAGUCGAGUCCAACAGCAACUAUGUCCUAUCAGCAGAAGAAGAGAACCAAGACGACCAAAACCUAAUGCAUUCUUCUUCUGAGGCUUCUACUCUUGGCGGUAAUUCUGCACCUUCAGUCGAUGCUUUGCCAGGCAAUGCAGAUGGAACUGCUAUAGAAGCUUCUUCUCAACCAACAGAAGCAGCUACAGGUGGUGUCAAUGCAGUAAGAAGCACCACGUCUACCAUCACUGAAGAUCAAGAAGGUGAAGCCAAUGCCUCCAAUGGAUCUCAGUACGACGGCACAUCCUCCAUCACCUCUUAUCGUCAGCAUCAACCAGAAAGAGAGAGAGGAAGCAGCAUCAGUACAGCAUCCAUCCUAUCAGAGCAAGGUGCAAAUUCGUCACUCCAUAGCAACAGCAUUGUGUCAUUCAAGGAUGCACCUCGACGCACUACACCACUCAUCUUCAACUCACAAAAGGCUGGAUCAUCGUCCUUGGCCCUGCGACACCAGCAGUUCAAUAACGGCCAUGUUCACAUUAAUACGGGAUCUUCGAUCGUGUCUUCAUCUGCUGAUGGUCAUGUCGACAGCGCCUCACUGUCCUCUGCAGGUACAAAUCCCCAACCUGAAGUCUCCAAUUCAGCUCGUCUCACAGCCAAAUAUGUGGUAUCCAAUGCCAUGGGAGAUGGCGGACGCAAAGCCAUGGCAGCCGUGCGUCGUAGUAUCUACAGAAAGCACAAGAGUCAGCCUCCUCUUCCUCCUUCUGCUGCUACUGCAACUCAACAGCAAGCACCAAACAGCCAACGCAAUUCAGCACCUGUCACCGAGCGCAAGGAGCCCCUGAUUUCAUUCGCCAAGAGCAGAUUCGAAGAGACAAGCACACUGGUCCCUGAGCAGCAACAACAACAGCGCCACACGAUACGCAAUAAUUCAAUUAUGGCUGCCUCUACAUCAGAAGUUACAGCUAAGAACAAGACGGGCAAAAAGAUGAUGGAAUGGAUAAAGAAGAAAUCGCAUGGCAAAGAGAACAAAAAGGAGGUGAAUGCACAAGUGUUAACUCACAAAACAUCGCCCGCUGCUGCUGCAACAAACAAAGAACCAAGACCACCUGCUCAACUACUGACCAAGCCAAGAUAUCAUACUAAGAAGGAAUCCAUCACUCCUGCAGCUGUAGCUAAAAUGCCACACAGCAGCAAUAGUACUAAGGCUACAGAAACAACUCCCAGCACUACCAAGAAGACGAGCAACAUACCUGGCUCACGACACGCGCGAAAGUCAGUGAUAUCCAUCCUGGCGCCUCCUUGUUCAUCGACGCCACACAAACCUCUUGCUGUUGCUGCAGCACUAGAACCAGAGACCAAGACUGAGAAAGAAGAGCUCGUGGUGCCUGAACAAAGCAGCAUUCGUCGCAAGAACCGUGCUCUCAGUGGAAGCGAAACAGCUAUUGCAGAAUUAGGCAAGAAGCAAAGCGCUGUGGAUGAACGUAUAGAAAUACAUCAAGGAGCAAUUGACAGAAAAGCACUUACAUCACAGUCACCUGCAGUUGUCAUCAAAGACAUCGCUCGUAUCUUGCAUAUCCUGGGCAUUGAUACGGCUUUAGAAUCUCCCUAUAUACUCAAGUGCUGUCGUAGAAAGGCAAAAUCAUUCAUUGCUGCUGAAUUGCUCAAGAAGUCUGACGCUGUAGAAGAUCAAGAAGAAGAGGAAGAUGACUUGGCCAUUGAUGCCUCCUCAGCAAGCUCGUCAGGUAUCUCCACAUCCACAUCCACAGCUGCUGCGGUGAUUCGAGGCGAAGAUCCCAUCUAUGGCGAUGCUGCUAUUGACAAUGGCGAUGAAAUUCGAUUUGUGGUGGAAAUGUGUCGCUUUAAAAACUUGCCUGGUUUGUACAUUGUAGAUAUUCGUAGAGUGAGAGGCAAUGCUUGGGCUUAUAAAUUCCUGUAUCAUAAGCUCAUUGAUUUCCUGGAUUUGGGCAAAGAUAAUUACAUGCAAUCCUCCAAAUAA